CCUGUUGGCCCCUCCCCAGAACCACCACUGGUCUUCAUGCCUUCCCUGCAAAACUGUGCAACAGUUUGGUCACCUCAGUCACAAAAGUCUAGCUCCACCCCUGCCUGCACUCACAAAAAAUUGCUGCCUUAUCAAAUUCAGAAUAAUGGCUAUAUAUAUCCAUCAUUGCAAAAUGAGUAAAUCUUCUUCGGUAGACUAGUCUGUUCUUCUUAUUUCCAUAUUGGGUAUUAAUGGAUGCUUUUUUUGCUGUCUCAGUGCAUCAACCUGGCAGUAACUCUCCUCUAUGUUUUGAAUCCCUUACACUAUAACAACUGUAAACACUGCUGUGCUGCUGUAGUUAAAGAUGUCAGCAAACAAGCAGCCUGCAUUCGGUCACAGUCAUCUGAGGAAUAAAUAGUCCAGCCUGCUCCUGCCCAGAGUCUGGCAUCUUCAGCUGUCACGUUCCAGCGGGGGUCAGCCUCUAAACAACACUGAUAAUCUGCUCAGAUGGGAAACGGAGCAAGCUGCACCAGAGAGUGGAGUGAAAUAUGAAGCCAGAGGAGGAGCCAGAGUACCAGACACCUCCCACCUGCGAUCUGCUCAGCCUUCUGCUGAAGAACAGACGUCCCACUGGAGCUGUCAACGAGGUUUGGCCCGACCUCUUCAUCGGAGAUGCCGCUACAGCUCAGAAUAAAAGCCUGUUAGUGAAUCUGGGAAUAACACAUGUGGUGAAUGCUGCAGAUGGUCCCCAGCACAUUGACACCGGGCCAUGUUUCUACAAAGACACCGCCAUACAGUAUCAUGGAGUGGAAGCACCAGACUGUAAAGAUUUUGAUUUGAGUCCAUUCUUCAAUGAGACGGCAGAUUUCAUUCAGCAAGCUCUGAGACAGAAAGGUAAAGUGCUUGUCCACUGUGCACGAGGGAUCAGCCGCUCAGCUACUCUGGUUUUAGCCUUCCUCAUGAUCAAAGAAAGACUUACACUCAUAGAGGCUGUGGAGACGGUUCGCAGGCACAGAAACAUUCUUCCAAAUGUUGGAUUUCUGAGUCAACUCUGUCAUCUGGACUCUUCUUUGGCUCUGCAGAGGAAAACAACAUAACAUCAAGAAG